AUGCCUACCUUUCAGUCCAAAACCUUUCGCCGGGCAACAAAUGCUUCUUCCACACUCGGGGAGAAGCUUGGGGCUAUGUACCGUGCGCGACUUCCUCGGAACCCUUUUCUUCUCUUCGGACUUCCGUUCAUUACCGUCAUUGUGGCCGCAUCCUUUGCCUUGACUCCUGCAGCAGCCUUGCGCUAUGAGCGCUACGAUCGUAAAGUCCAGCAAAUGAGCAAGGAAGAAGCUUUUAACCUUGGACUCAAAGGUCCUGAUGGCGAAGAAGGAAUCAAGCGCAAUCCUCGCCGGAGAGUUGUGGGUGAUGAACGAGAAGAAUACUAUAGACUUAUGGCCAAAGACCUCGACGAUUGGGAACAGAAACGAGUAAAGCGAUUCGAGGCUACCAUGACGGGUCCCGGCCGAUCACCAUCUUCACCGUGGGUACAAACAGUACAACCAGUACAGCCAGUGCAGGGAGGUUCCCGGGAUUUUAGCAAUUCCCAGUCUUUUCAUCCGACGUUAUCACCGUCAGCAACGGGCAUGCGCUCGAAUGGCUCUAUUGCGGAAAUGUCAGGUAGUCCCAACUAUUUCGGCAUGACGGUUGAACGUCACUCGACCAACCCACCAACAUCAAACCCUGGACCACACGCACAGAAAAAUUGGGGUGCAGGGCCAUUUCCUCAUCCUCAGGCAACUCUCCCCAGUCCCACCAAGCUGCAACUAUAUUCGCAAGAGUCGAUGUCUGAGGGCCUGGUCAAUCUGUUAAGAUCGGAAUCAGAAUCCGACAAAGGUCGACGGGAAUCAGCUCUUCAAGGCUGGCCAUCAAACAGCGAUCGUUCAACAAACCGUUCCCAAGGAUCCCUAGGUGGUUACGCACCGGAAUAUAGGAAGCCUUCGCUCGCCUCGGUACCUGAAUCAUCUCCAUGGGUCACGGCUGAACGCUGUGCUGAGUUGGUCCAAUCCUCCCCAAAGGAGCUACUUCUACUGGAUGUCCGGCCCUUUGCUCAUUAUUCCAAAGGCAAUAUCCGAGGAUCUCUGAACCUCUGUAUCCCAACUACACUGCUCAAACGCCGCUCAUUUGAUACCAAAAAACUGGAAGGUACAUUUACCAGUGAUAACGACAAACAGCGUUUUUCCCGGUGGAAAGAAUGCACCACUAUAAUCGUCUAUGACUCAGCCACCUCGGAGGCAAAAGAUGUAGCAGCCUUGCAGAAUGUCAUUAACAAGUUCAAGGCGGAAGAUUGGGACGGAGAAGGAUUAAUUUUACAGGAUGGUUACAAGGGAUUUUCCGCUCGAUUCCAAGAAUUGCUACAUCGGCCGCAGAUGUCAACGUCAGGCCCAUCAGCUAAGAAGAGAUCUCCUAUGAGUAUCGACCUGCCAUCUGUGGCCCCUGUUGCCGGGGGGUGCGCCCUUCCCGAUUCUUCCUCGGCUGUCAAUCCCUUUUUUGGUAAUAUCCGGCAAAAUAUGGAUUUGUUGGGUGGAGUCGGUCAAAUUCCCUUGAAACUACCUGGUGGCCUGACAGAAUCCAACCAGAAAGGCCUUCCAGCUUGGCUUCAAAAUGUGUCGGACCCCAAAGAUCAAGGUCGCAUCGCCUCUGAGAACUUCCUGGAUUUGGAGAAGAUAGAGCUGCAACGUAUGAAGCAGGCAUUGUCAUACGAGGGCCCCUCAGCUUCGUCCGGGGGUGCCUCCAAGAAGUACCGUGUUGCAGGUAUUGAAAAGGGCACUAAAAACCGCUACAAUGAUAUAUACCCCUUUGAACAUUCACGGGUUCGUCUUGAAGGAAUACCUCUCGGGGAUUGUGACUAUGUCAAUGCGAAUCAUAUCAAGGCUGAAUUCAGCAAUCGCCGAUACAUUGCGACACAAGCGCCGGUUCCGGACACAUAUAAUGACUUCUGGCGAGUGGUCUGGGAGCAAGAUGUUCGGGUCCUCGUCUCACUCACUGCCGAGAUGGAGCGAGGCCAGGUGAAAUGCCACCCGUUCUGGAAGACCGGGAACUACGGACCGUUUAAAGUCAAGGCUUAUUCCGAAACUUCCAUUCAAGUUGAGUCCUUGAGCCCAUCGGCCACUCCCGGCCAGACUCCUAAAGGGACCAACGAAAAUCCCGUAAUUAUCGUGCGGCAUUUCAGCCUAUACCAUACUGCAUUGCCUUUUCAACCGCUUCGGGAUAUUACACAACUGCAGUAUCCUUACUGGCCUGACUUCGGAACCCUUUCGCAACCGACUCAUUUGCUCAACUUGAUCGAGCAAUGCAACAAGGUUGUCCGCUCAACUAGCAAUGCGAGAUUCAGCAACCAGGAAGCUGAGCCAGCGGGCCAGCGGCCUGUCCUUGUGCACUGCAGCGCCGGCUGUGGCCGCACUGGGACUUUCUGUACAGUUGAUAGUGUGCUGGACAUGCUGAAACGACAACUGGGGCCGGCCGCCCAAUCUUCAGGGUCACCGGGAUCAUCAGGGUGGACCCGAGAUUCCCAUCUCGAUCUGGUUCGGAAGACAGUGGAAGACUUCCGGACACAACGGCCAAGCAUGGUGCAGAAUCUCAGCCAGUAUGUCCUUUGUUAUGAAAGCGUGCUUGAGUGGCUUGUUUCCCGAAUGGGUGAGCCCUCUUGA